AUGGCUCAGGUACUCACGUCAGUCAUCCAGACGACAGGACCUCAUACAAUGCCAUACUCGUCGUCCGAUGCCUACAAAAACACGACCACCCACUCCACCCAGCAGCAGCCGCGCCCGUCGCAGAUGUCACGCAAGGAGCACACCGCGAAUUCUGCACCUACAGGAUACAGAACAGCCGCCGCACCCAUAGCCCCGUAUGCCUUCAGCAGCACGCCGCAACUGCGCCAGGAGAACAGGUCCGUCUCGGCACCUUCCCCCCAAGGCCUGCAGCAACUCCCGGCUCCCGCCAACCAGGCCCGUCUUGGCCAUCCCUCCCACCCAUCUUCUUCAUCCGACUCCACUGUAUCCACAUCUGGGUCUUCCAAUCGUUCCUCGGCCGGAACGGCUGUAGCCGCCAAAGACGACACCGAUGCCAAGAAGCCUAUCGACAGCAUUGCGCCAUCACUCACUCUCUCCUCCACCAAUCUUGAUCUUUCGUUUUCUGUUGGCGAAUCGCCAGUGAAGCCGUCGCCAGGGCGGUAUCGACGUGGCGCCGGAAGGUCAGACUCGUCAAAUAGCGUACCCACUGGCUCCACUACCCCAACACAGCGCUCCGCACCUGAGGGAAACUCUCAGGUGGUACUUUCGCAAUCAACACCAAAUGCCACCUUGGAUGCUGUCGGCUCGCCACAGCCAUCGAAACCCGCCCACAACCGAGCCAAUAGCGCCGAUGAUACCGUUCGCACAGGCGGUACGGACCAGGCUAAACGAUACAGAAGGCGCAGUUUCAACGGACUAGACGGGGAAAAUAUCACCCCGAGCAAAGCAUCAUUGCAGACCAGCAUAUCCACAGUUCAACCCCCAGUGUUGAACCAAAACCUCGCUAGACCAUCCAGUUCUGGCCCCACUGGGAGUCGUCCUGCCUCAAGCCAGAGUCAUGAGCGACAGGGCAGCGCAGGAAGUGCGUCGUCCAACAAUUCGUCAAGAUCACAGUCUCGGCCUGCUGCAAACGCACAACGCAGCUACGCCUCCGUAGCAGGAGGCAACUCGGGCAAAGCGACUGAGCCGAACAGGCGUCAAGCUCCCUCUCCUCUGUCACAUCCCAUCUCCCCGUCAGAGUCUCCGGCCCAAGCCAAGCCAGAGGCAACGUCCAGUGCCGCGAUGCAGCAGCUCAGCGCUGUCAACGACAAGGAGAAGGGUAUGAAGUCUCGUCUGCGCAGGGCAUUCUCUUUUGGCAGUGCCGCUGAACUCCGACGUGCUUCUGCUGAGAAUAGCAUCUCGGUCGAACGCGCAAGAUUGAGGAAGGGCCAGUAUCAGAAUGAUGAGGACGCUGAGCAAGCAGCCAUUAUCGCAAAGCAAGAGGCUGCAGGUAUUGGGGCUGGCAUUUACUCUGGCCAGGGUGGCGUCGGCUCCACGGACAACUUGUCUAUACAGUCUGCUGCAUCUUCUGCGUCGGUUAUGCUUCGCAAAAUGGGUCAUGGAAUGAAAAAGGGUACCAAAUCGAUCAAGGGUCUCUUCAGACCCAAAUCAGUUAUCGGUGUUCCUGCUGCUGAUGGCCCCAUCAGACCAAGUGUUGGUCAAGUGUCUCUCGUCACGGUUGAGGCUGAGAGGCACAAGGUUAACGUUAACGCCCACCCGCAGACACAGACUCGGGGAGGCACUGGUUACCCAAGACUUGAACGCAACUCCAUCGAUGCUGGACAGACCGCAGAGAUUGUUGACCCUUCAGUCUCGGGUAGUGACUCCAUUUCCAGGAAGAGCAUUGUUGGGUCUGAUCGCGACCGUGCCGAAGUUCUUUCUUCCAUGAAAAAGGGUAUUUUGAAACGUACUGGUACCGGUUCUGAGUCGAAUUCUCCAGUAAUAAGACCUGAAGACAGUGUUCCUAACGUGGGCUCGUCAAGGUCCAGUUCUCCCGCCACUCCAAAAACAGAAAUUGGACAAUCCCGCACCGACGACUACUUUGCGAAGCCACCUCGUAUUCACAACGGCAGCACUAGAAGUCUUCCAACUACACCUCACGGCGGUAUGCGCAAUAUCAGCUUCAGUCCCCGCAUCCAGUUCCACGACGCCUGGUCACCGCAGGACUACGACCGCAGAGGUGACAUUGCCACGUGUAAUAGGCUUACGCCGAUGCUUGCGCAACAAAUCAAGGAAGAACUCAACACCUUCAAAAUGGAGAUGGAAGUUCACGAGCUCUCGAAACCCCACACCCAUUUCUUUUAA